ACACUGCAUUCCUUCAAUCCAGGUUUCCGCUCCCACUUGUGGAGCCGAGAGCCAAGAUGCGAGGGCUGAUCUUCGCCUCGCUCGCCCUCUUGCCGCCUUUCUCGGGGCUCUGGGGCUCCGCCGAGCUCCCCGAGAGCGGCCGCGCUUGGUGCCACGCAUCCGGGGCCUGCUACGGCAUCCACUUAGGCCGCAAGAACUUUUUUCAGGCUCAGAAUGCUUGCGCCCAGCACGGGGGAGCUCUGAGCACGGCCAGCGGCCGCACCGAAGUCGGGGUCAUCCUCGCUCUGUUGAAAGGACUCGCCAGCGAGACGGGCGGCGCUCUGUUUUGGUUGGGCCUGGUUAAGAAAGCCCAGCAGUGCACCCUUCAAGAACUGCCGCUCAGGGGCUUCUCCUGGGUCUCCCCGGGGAUAGACGAGCCGAGUGCCAACGGGACCGCCACUCCGCCCAAGUGGCUCAGAGAACCGACCAAGUCCUGCACGAUGCAGAGAUGCGCCGGGUUGCAAGUCAGCUCGGGCCAAGCGCACCUCAACCGGUGGGGCCUGAAAGACCACGGCUGCACCAAGGCAAGCCCGGGUUAUAUCUGUAAAUACAGCUACGCGGGCACGUGUCCCGCCCUCCACUCGGCUUCUGGCGCCCGCGGAACGCUCUCCUACAGGCUGCCUUUUCAGCUUCAAAGCCCGGCCGUGGAAUUCAGCCCUCCGGGCACCAAUCUUACUAUAAGGUGCCCCGGGCGAGAGGCGCGUUUCACUUGCCGCCUGUCUCCCAACGGCUCCCAUUGGGAAGGCACCGAGCAGGACCUGUGCUCCUGUCCCAGCGGCUACUGGAGCCCGAGCAGCGGAGACUGUGCGGAAUUCACCGACUGCCUUAGCGCCCGAGGCGCGUUCCGUUGUUUAUGCGCUUGGAGAUCCCGCUUGGCGGCCGACAAAGAGAGUUGCGUCGCGGCAGCCAGAGAUGGCGGGACGACGGCAAAGCCCGCCGUAUCUACUCCGAGGGCUACGGGAGCUUUCCCUUCCAACGGCACCAGCGGACCUGGUCAAAAUACAUCGUUUCUGGAACCGUUUCCCAAUCCGAUCGACAACAGCACCACCACCAAACCUUUGGCUUCUUCAAACGCCUUCAACUAUAUCAUCAUCCUGAUCACGGUGGCGGUGGUGAUUCUUCUGAUUAUGGUCAUGGCCUCGCUCCAGGUCUUCCAGACCUGCUUCAAGAACUGCUCUUCCAAAAGUUCCCAGCCUACAAAAGAUGGUGCUGUGGUUGUAGAAGGCGACCCAGAAGACUCUGCCACCCGCACCAACUCUGAAGGUUCCCUGGGACCCAGCAAAGCAGAGUCCAUAGCUUCUCAGUAAGAUUUUAAGCCAGCCGAAUUGGGACAACCAUAAGGAGGCUGGAAAGACACAUUAGAACAUUUGGAGAAGAAAUCCAGUGGGGGACCAAGAGGAGAUAUUCUUUGGAAUAUAAUAAAUAGUAGCAAAUGUUUUACAGGUUACAUAUGUAGAAAUGGAAGUUAUGUUUUUUGUUUAGAAUAGAAUAGAAUAGAAUAGAAUUUUUUAUUGCCAAGUGUGAUUGGACACACAAGGAAUUUGUCUCGGUGCAUAUGCUCUCAGUGUACAUAAAAGAAAAGGCAAUUGUGUUUUGUUUGACACCAUUUGAUGAACUAGAACGAUUGCUUUUCUUCAGUAUGCCCUUGGCAACAUUGAUCAGAAAUCUCUUUUCCCCACUAUCUAGAUUAUUUCCUAAAAUAGAAGAGUUAAAAGGAUGAGAAAAGGCAGUGCAUAUUUCUUGCAGUGAUCCAGCUAGAUAAUUGAAAAAUGGACUGCUGCAAGUGACUGUGCUGUGUGAAGGCCACCACUUACUUGAUUGUAGUCUCUCUCUCUCUGGUUGUAGUCUCUGGUUGUAGUCUCUCUCUCCUCCCCCUUCUUUGUUACUGCAGCUGAGACCAAGCUAUGUGAACAGUGUUGUGCUGCCUGGAGAAAAGUUCAAGGAGUCACUGCUAAUUAUAUCUACACUUGCUGUAUCUUGCAAAUGUAGACUGGACUGGAUGCACAGGCUCUGCUGUCAGUGCCAUAUUUAUUU